AUGAAUAUUUGUUUUCGAAUAACGAUUCGAACUUUCGCUAAGAUAGCUUCGUUCAAACCUCGUCCUAUUGUUUUCUCAGGGCCAAGCGGAUCUGGCAAGACUACAUUAAUUAAUAAAUUAUUUAAAGAAUAUCCAUCAAUAUUUGCUUUCAGUAUUUCUCACACUACACGAGCACCACGAGCAGGCGAACAAGAUGGUCGAGAAUAUCAUUUUGCACCACGAAAUCAAAUAGAAAAAAUGAUUGCUAAUGGUGAAUUUCUUGAAACAACAGAAUUUUCUUCAAAUCUCUAUGGAACAAGUAAAAAAGCUGUCGAAGAUGUCGCUAAAACAGGUUGUAUAUGCGUACUUGAUGUUGAUAAAGAAGGUGUUAAAAGUAUUCGAAAAACAGAUCUUAAUGCAUUAUUUAUUCAUAUAAGUCCACCAAGUUAUGAAAUUCUUGAAAAACGUUUACGUGAACGUCAAACUGAUAAUGAAAAUGCUAUUAAAUAUCGUUUAAAAGAAGCGAAAGAAUCAAUGAAAUUUGGUAAAGAACCAGGUGUAUAUGAUCAUAUUGUAAUAAAUGAUAAACUUGAUGUUGCUUAUAGCGACUUAAAAAAAAUUCUUCGCCAAGAUAUUGAAGGAGCUUUACAACAGCAAAAACUAAACAAUAAGAGUCCAAAAUAA